CGCGGAGCGCUGGGCGGGCGCCGCCGGCCUUAGGGGGAGCGAGAGCGGCGCGGGGCCCGGCAGCGAGCCCCCGGCCCGGCCCGUCCCGUCCUCUCCUCUCCUCCGGGCGGCGAGGAGGAAGCACCCCGGGCAGGGACGGGAAAGCGCCGCCGGCCGGAGCGCGGGGAGGGGGAGCGGCACCGCGGGGACAGCCGCCGCCGGCAGAGCCCGGGGGGAAAGAUGAGCUUGUUGUCAGCCAUCGACACCAGCGCCGCGUCCGUCUACCAGCCCGCCCAGCUCCUCAACUGGGUCUAUCUCUCGCUGCAAGACACGCACCAGGCCAGCGCCUUCGAUGCCUUCAGACCCGAGCCCUCCUCGUCCCAGCACCCCGACCUCGGCUACACCAAGAGCACCCCGGAGCUGGGCUCCUCGCUCAGCUCCAGCUAUCUCAACAGCUUCUUCCAGCUCCAGCGGAGCGAGGCUCUGAGCAGCAGUCUGUACAAGAGUGCAUCGCCUUAUGGCUCUCUUAAUAACAUUGUGGAUGGGUUAAGCUCCCUCACUGAGCAUUUCUCUGACCUAUCCCUUUCUUCAGAAGCCAGAAAACCCAGCAAGAGGCCACCUCCUAACUACCUGUGCCACCUCUGCUUUAACAAGGGACACUACAUCAAAGACUGCCCACAGGCUCGUCCAAAAGGAGAAGGCCUGACUCCAUACCAGGGCAAGAAACGCUGCUUUGGUGAAUAUAAGUGCCCCAAAUGCAAGAGAAAAUGGAUGAGUGGAAACUCCUGGGCUAACAUGGGACAAGAAUGUAUCAAGUGCCACAUUAAUGUUUAUCCUCACAAACAGAGACCCCUGGAAAAGCCGGACGGCCUGGAUGUUUCGGAUCAGAGCAAAGAACAUCCCCAGCAUCUGUGUGAGAAGUGCAAAGUUUUGGGCUACUACUGCCGCCGUGUGCAAUAAACCUUCGAAGUGGCCUCUUCCCGUCCCCAUCAUCCUUAAAGAUCCUCUGGCAGCAUGCGAUCAACAGCAACACAACAAAUCAAGAUAAAAGCUAAAAUAAUUGCCAAUAUUGCCUAUCUAAUAAUAUGCCUUACCAUUAAUAGAAUGUAACAUUUCUCCUGUGCAUGUGCACACAUGCAACAGGUAUUUACAGGACUAUGAUUUGUAUACAUACAUAUAUAUGUACACACACAUAUAUAAAGCGUUACUGAUAGUGUUCACAACAGAACCGCAGUUGCAGGUUCUGCUGAUUGUUUACACAGACCCUAUAUCAUGGCCAGGUGAAAUGAAGUACUAUUCAAUAGGCAAGGUAUAAUAUUCACAAGAAUAUAUGUUACAUGUAUGGCUUUUGCAGAGGUUAAAUAACUGUGGGGCCACUAAUUGCAAGCACUCGCCCACAACAUGAACGUUAUUCCUAUUAUAUGACAAGACAAAGGAAGAUGAAACAAGCCACAGCAUAAGAGAAGGAAAAUUAUUGUUUUCCCAGUUUUAGAAAGUCUGAGAGUUUUGUGCUGCUGAUUUCUUGGACUUUUUCUAUUUGUUACCACCACUUGGGCAGGGCUUAGGCAAAAUCAUUUUUGCAGGAUGUGGCAAAAAAAGUGAAUAAUUGUUUGAGGGUGUGGGUUGGGUAGAAAGGGAAUGCCAUAAUGGGACCCAGAGCAUCAGGAAGGAUUCCAAGAGGUUUUUGGAGGAGACAAAAUUGGCUUGCUUGUCCAACUAACAGAUCCUUCUCUUGUCAUAUAAUCCCACUGAAAUGGUCCCUGUAUGUAUAUGGGUUGUUCAUUAGGCCACAAGCACACUAAAUUUACUGUGAAUAAGAGGGGAUAAGAAUACUUAACACUGUCCCCUAAACCCUUAAUUAAAAGAUUAGCCAAACUUACUAUUUAUAAUAGUUUUAAAGCCACUUUCUGGAAACAUUUUUAUGUCCUGUUUUCUACUGUACAAACUUGUUAUAAUAUAAAACUUGUUAGCCAUAGGGGUGUUUUGAGGCAUGGAGAACACUCUGUAUAACCUUCCCUCUUUAUGUCUUCCUGAAGCACCUACAUACCUGAGGAGAAAUGUAGGAGUUCUAUUUCGUUGUCCCAUUUCAGGUAGAACUUUGUGCAGGGGCAUCCUGCUGCAAAGAAGUAUUUCAUCAGGGAUUGGGAAAUAUCAUGGACUGAAAGUACCUCGAGACAGUAUCCUGUUUGUAUGUCUACAUAAGAGUACAUUGGCAAAAGGACACAACAAGCAAUUCACUUGCAGCAUUCACUAAAAAAAAAUUACAGGGAUAAUGUUUGUUUGGGGUUUUUUUUAAUCAACAAUUUCUAUUUUUAUGAAGUUUCCUUUAAAGAGAUUGACUUGUGUGAAUGAUACUUAGUGGAAAUACUUUAAAUCCUAAAUAACUUGAUAUGAAUUAAAUUUGUUUUGAGGAUUAAUUCCAUAAUGCUAAGACAGAGGGGUUUUUAUGCCAAGUGAUAGCAGGAUGUUACCAGUAUGUACAUUCAAGCUCUUGUAAAGCAAAUUGAAAACUUACAGUGAGCGUUCGUAUAGGAAAUGUGAAGCUCUUUACAGCUUUGCUCUAGGGUGAAACUUUUGCCAUUUCCCUGCUUUGCUAUAAGAAGGGCAAAAUUGUUUCUGCUUAUUCUGGUGGUAGAGUCAUGUACAUAUCUUGCAAACUUCAUUAUUUAUGGGUAGCCCAAGUGACCCAGCCUACUGGUUGGAGCAAUGGAUAAACAUUGGGACUCCUGGCUUCUGACCACAGCUCUUCCAUUAGCUCCCUGAUUUUGGGCAAGUCACAAGAUCCUUCUGGACCUCAGUUUCCCCCACUGCAAAAUGGCGAUAAUAAUACUUUAGUACACCUACCUCACAAGAGAGUUGUGAGGCUUACUUAAUAUCUGUAAGUGUUUUGAUGUCACUGGGUGAAAGUGCUACAUAAUGCUAAAAUGGUAUUAACUAAAUUAAUCACUUCGAAACUAGUUUUGCCCAGUUGGCAAUUCCAUCAACUAAAAUAGCUGAAAAUAAUAUUAUUGGAAGUUAACACUAACAACAGUUCAGUUGCCUCAGUGAAGAUAUGCAGUUUUAGCAUUUUCAAAUGGAAACACAUUCUUUUGCACAGACUCAGAAAUUACCUUAGAGGCAAAUUUUCUAAACAAAGAUACUAAUCUGCCCAUACAAAUGAGAAUAAGAAAAUACACAAGCAAAUCUAGGGGUGGAUUUUCAAAGCUUGACCUGUAGUGUUAAUCUUGACAGUUUGUUUCAAGCACGAGUAAUUUUGAGAGAGCUGCAUACUAAACCAGAUCUAUUUUUUCCUCAUGAGCACUUAAUAGUACAUGAACACAAAAAUCACCUUGAUGCUUCACAUCCAGCUAAAGGACACGUAGAGAAACUCCCUUAGAUGAAGAUAAGGGAAAACGUUAUUUUAUUUUCUCCCUGAAACCAAGAUGUUGCUAUCAACCAUUUUUUUCUGUGUUGAAAUAAUUUCCAUCUUACGAUAACCACUAGAUCAGUAAAAUAGCACAUCCCUUGAUAUAGCUACAUCAAUAUACAGCACACCACCAGGUUCUGAACAAAGGCCAACUAAAGGACACUGUUAUAUGCAAUUGUUGCUAUUUUCAUGACAGUGCCCUGUUAAAAAUUGUUUAUCCAGUUCAACACUGCAUGGCAAUGCCUUUAGCUUAUGGAUUUUUAGGUUGUACUAAAAAUAUACGUGAUCGACUUUAACACUUUAAUGUCUAUAGGUGUAGAAUAAUAAUUCUUAAAAGCAUACUUAUGAGAGUUCAGUAUUUAUAUCAUUGAUAUUUUCCUAGGCAACAGACAUAUAAAGUAUUUAAGUAAUAUUUAGCAUAUUUGAAAUAAAGAGGAGGAGAACAGAUUUUCCCCUGCACUCACGUUGGGAAAAAGCAGAUCAAGAACAAAACACGCGGAAAAGCAAGAAGCAACACUGCCGUAGUUUGUACUGCCCAACUCAGAGGCUGCAAAUCCAUUCUGGUGCGGGAUGCAGAUGCAAUCAGGCCCUAGGCACCCCAGGGCUGGAAGCAGCCUGCUUGCCUUGCCAUCCCUGCCAAAAGUGGGGUGCGGAAGGAGAGUGACCGGGGGUCCCCGAGGAGUGGCCACAACCCUCCACUCCCCUGCAGCCGUAGGGCUGGACUGCCGCUUCCCCCAGCCGUGUGGGGGCAUCCCCUUGUUUUCUGUCCUCCCUGCACAGGGCUGAAACCUCGUCUCCCUAAUGAGCUGGUGCCUGGGGAAGGCGGCAGCGCCAGGCUCGCACGAGGGGAGCGUUCCUCUGUCCCUCCCUGUGUGAGGUUUGCUCGUAGGAUUGUAGCGUUCAGCCCUGGGCAUUUGCUCCCCACUCGUCUGUAUACAGUUGUGGGUUGCUGGAAAAACACACCCGCGUAAGUAAUGUACAAUAGCUUAUGACCAUUGGCUUUUAGUUAAUGGCAUAGAAAGGAAAUCUUUGAAUUUUUAUUUCA